AUGCCGCCUCAGCUCCGUCUCAACGCAGUUGCCUUUGUCUCGCCGCAGAAUCACCCCAUUCUCAUCCGAACGUUAGCGCAGCCUCGCCAAGAUGAGCUCAAGUACCACUAUAUAGCCCACACCAGCCUCGACGUGAUUGACGAACGCAUUGCGGCUGCAGCGGCAGCAAAGUCAACGGAGUGUUAUCUGAAUUUGCUGUACACGAUGGAGGACGUUGCAGUAUACGGCUACGUGACCCCGCUGCGAGUCAAAAUCAUUAUCGCGCUCGCGCUCACUGACACUGUCGUACGCGACGUGGACGUCAUCACGAUUUUCCGCGCCCUGCACACGGCGUACCGCCUCUCGGUCGCAAACCCGUUCCUGAAGCUGAGCACGCCGCUCGAGAACGUGAACGACCACGCGGUGUCUCUCUCUGCUGGCGGGACGAAGUGGAAGGCGUUUCGGCGGCGCGUAGACGACAUAGGCAGAGCCUUGGGCGCACCUGUAACCGGCGCCGCCGCGAACGUGUAUUGA